AUGGCUACCGCAGCCACUGCCACUGCCACACAACCACCGCUCGGCCUGGUCUCCAGCACUACACCCGCAGCCCAGCCACCACCCGGCCAGCCGGAUAUCUCCUAUCACCCCGACUGGAACAAGUACCAAGCUCGUGUAGCCCGUCGCACUCAGACUGAGAACCUCCCGAAAACCCUCCCCGAGGGAUUUCCCAAGGAGCUAAAGGGCGAUCUAGUUUGGGAAGGGGAGUCCCUCGCCCAGAAAUACGAUUGGACUUACGUUUUCUCGGCCGACCAACUAGCGGAGAUAGACAAUGCAGUCACCCAUUUCAAGUCCCUCAAGCUCGGCCUUGGCUACAUAACGCAGGAGACGUUUCCUCUUCCCAAUCUGCAUGCUGAGUUGCGCCGUCUCUCCCACGAGCUACAUUUUGGCCACGGCUUCUUUGUUCUUCGUGGUCUGGAUGUUGAUAAGUAUACACGCGAGGAAAAUGUCAUUAUCUACACUGGUAUAUCCUCGUACAUUGGCUCCAUCCGGGGCCGUCAGGACGCUUAUCUAGAUGGCAAGCGUGCGGAUGUCGUUAUAGGACAUAUCAAGGAUGUCAGAUCUGGACUUGGGGAUGGCAAGAACAAGGAUCAGAUUAAGAUCGGUACUCCAGCUUAUACGGCCGACAAGCAGGUCUUCCAUACUGACUCAGGCGAUAUCGUCUCUCUCUUCGCGCUCUCAACGGCGGCAGAAGGAGGCGCUAGCCGCCUUGCCAGUACGUGGCGUGUUUACAAUCAUCUGGCUGCAACGAGGCCCGACCUUAUCCAUACAUUGAGCGGAGAUUGGGAAGCAGACCUUUCGGAAGUCGCUGAUACAUUCUUCUUCGCGUUUAGCUUCACCAAGACCGUAGACGACAAAGACAAAUUUGCGAAGCGGCCUCUACUUUACUACCAGCCGGCCAGCGCAGAUCGCAAGACGCCAGAGAGGAUCCUUCUCCAGUAUGGCAGGCGUUACUAUGUUGGAUUUGGGCAGCUUCCGCGCAGCAGCCAUCUGCCACCAAUUACCGAAGCCCAGGCUGAGGCGCUCGAUGCCUUACAUUUCUUAGGCGAGCGUUUCAGUGUAUCGACCAAUUUCGAGAAGGGUGAUAUACAGUAUAUCAACAAUGUAGCCAUAUUCCAUGCGCGUGACGGCUUCACUGAUGAGGGCGACAAGCAGUGA